AUGAUGGUCGAUGAUGAAGAUAAUAUUAAUAAUAAUAAUAAUAUAUUUAAUGAAAUUGAUGAUGAAGAUUGGAUAUUAGAAAAACCGAUAUCUGUUUUUGCAUUAGAUCCAGCUGAUCGACGUGUUUUAAAAGUAGCUGAUCAACGUGAUGCAGUACAAAAGAAAACAUUUACUAAAUGGAUUAAUUUUCAUUUAUCAAAACGUGAAGGAUUACAUGUUGAUGAUUUAUUUCUUGACUUAAGAGAUGGACAUUUACUUAUAUCUUUAUUAGAAAUAUUUACAAAUCAAACAAUUCCACGUGAACGAGGUACAUCAAAAUUUCAUGCUUUACAAAAUGUUGAACAGUGUCUUCAAUGUCUCGAACAACAUCAUAAUAUUCGUUUGGUUAAUAUUCGUCCAGAAGAAUUAGUUAAUGGAAAUCCUAAAUUAACAUUAGGUCUUAUUUGGCGUAUAAUCCUUCAUUUUCAAUUUUCUGAUAUAUCAAUACCAUCAUCUGAAGAAAACAUUCCAAUAAAUGUUAAACAAACAAUAGCGCCUAUUCCAACAACUGAUUUACCUUCAUCUAAUGAAUUAAAACCAGAUAAAAUUCCUCCAAUAUCUUCUACAACAGAACGUAAAUCAUCAAUUGAUCAAAUAUCAUCAAAUUAUCGUAAUAUGUUAUUAAUAUGGGCUCGUCAACAAUGUCAAGGUUAUCCAGGAAUUUAUAUUGAUGAUUUUACACGGUCAUGGCGUAAUGGACGAGCAUUUCUUGCCAUACUUCAUCGACAUAAUCCACAAUUAAUUAACAUAAAAGAAGCCUAUAGUAAUUCUAAUCGAGAAAAUUUAAUGCGAGCUUUUGAUUUCGCACAAAAACAUUAUGGUAUUAUGCAAUUAAUCGAUCCUGAAGAUGUUGAUACUGAUGAACCUGAUGAAAAAAGUAUUUUAUUAUAUAUUGCACAUUUAUAUAAAGUUUGUUCAACUUUACCUACACAUCCAUUUCAACAAGAACAUGAUCGAAUUCAUCUUGAAAGUGAAUUAUCAUAUGAAUAUACAAAUUUAGCUUCGGAUCUUCUUAAAUGGAUAAAAAUAAAAUUAGAUUUUUUAAAUCGUGAAAUUAAAUUUAAAAGUAUAGAUGAAAUUGAAACAUAUCAAAGUGUUUUACAAGCUAUAAAACAAGAUGAAAUGAAUCAAUAUAAUAAAGUAUUACAUCGUAUGAGAUCAAUUGAUGCUGAAUUUGAAACUUCACAAUUAACUGAAACAUUAGAACCAGAUAUUAAUUCAAUAAAUUUAGCAUGGAAUAAAUUAGAAAUGACAAUCGAUCGUGUUGAAUAUGAUUUAAAACAAUUUUUACAACAAUAUGAAAAAUUAAAAGAUAAUAUUAAUAAUGAUUUAGAUUUAAUUGAACGUGAUAUAGCAAAUAUUGAAAGAUUAAUUCAAAUAAAAUCAAAACAAUUAGAAAUUGUUGAUACAAUUAAUCAAUUAAAUCAUAUACAAAUUAAUUUAGAUACAAUAUUAAAUAAUUAUCGAACAUUAGCAUUACCUUAUGAACAAAUACAAACUGCUAUUGAAAGAAUUGAUCAAUUAAAUUUACGUAUUGAUAAUCUUCAUGUACAAUUAAGUCCUUCACCACCAUCAUCAUCAACAAUUCUCAAAAUUUCAUCACCAACAACAACACGAAUUCUCGAUCCAUCAUCGUUAACGACAAGUAAUGGUUAUCAUCAUUCGUCAAAAAAACAGGAUCGUUCAAAUCAAUUAUCGAAUUUUUUUACAAAUUCAUCAACUGGUAUUGAACAACUUGAUGUUAUUGUAACAGGUGAUUAUAGACGAAGUGGUGAUACUCAACAACAACAACAACAACAACAACAAUCGCGAUCAAAUACUAUGGUUGUUGAUUCAGGACAUUUAACCAACGAGACAAAAUCAUUUGUUCUCGUUGAUGAACUUAAUUUAAUUAAUAAUAAUUUAAAUACACUUAGUCAAUUACUUCAACAACGUAUAACACGUUUAUUACAAACUGGUUUACCAACAUCACAUGAUGAUCUUCUUCUACUUUAUCAAGAACAAAAGUCAGAAAUGCCACGAUCAUCUUCUAUAACCUCUGACGAUUAUCCACAGUAUCCUAGAUCAUCAAGAACAAAAGAACGAUCUGUACCUAUUGAACUUGUUUUUAAUAGAAAUAAAGAUUAUUACUCAUCCAAUAUAAAUCCCCAUCGGCGACGAACAUCUUCAAUUAGUAGUUUUUGUUCUUCCAGCACUGCUAGUAGUGCAAAUUAUCGAAUUUUACCCGUACGUUAUUCAUCCGUAGAUCGAAUCAUAGAAGAACCUGCAACGGUUACUGCUGAUAAACAUGGUAUCUAUGUACGUAUUCAUUUUAUAAAGCCACGUGCACAUCAUCACCAUCACCAUCAUCAUCAUUAUUAUCAACAUGAACAUUCUUACCAACGCACAGAAGAACAUGAAUAUUAUGAUAGAAAAGAACAUCAACGUUAUGGUUCAUGUCCAGUAUUGAAUAAUAAUAAUAUUCAAUAUUCAAAUUCAACAUUAAAUAAUCAACGACGCCAAUCGAAUAGAAGAUAUCUUGAAGUUCCAUCAAUAUCUCGAGGCUCUUCAAGUGAUCAAUUAAAUAGAAAUAAUCAUUCAAGUACAUUAAUUAUUCGUCAUCAAUCACUUCCACCAUCAAAUGUAAAACAGCCACCAUCAAAUGUAAAACAGCCACCAUCAUUAACUGUAAAACAACCAUCACCAUUAAUAAUUCAUACAAAAAUAACACAUAUUCCACUUGAUACAUAUGCAAAAUUUAAACCAAUUAUGACACGAGAUUUUGAAAAUGAUCUUCUUUCUCAAGCAAGUCGUAUUAAAGAUAUCCGUAAUAAAGUUCGACAGGAAUAUAACUCAUCGUCACAUCAAGAAUUACGUUCAUUAGUUAAUCAAACAUCUGAUUAUGCACAAGAUUUAUUUACAAUAUCAAAAGAUUAUUCUGACAAAUUGGAUAUUGCUGAAACAACAUUAAAUCUCGUUACUGAUUUAACAUCUCAUAUAAUUGAACUUGAAACUCGUUUAGCCUCACAUACACCUCUUAUUGACGAUGAAAAUUAUAUUCAUCGUCAAUUCGAUGAUCUUAAUGAACUUGAAAAACAAUUACAGUCAAUUGAGAAGUCGAUUAAAGAACUUCUCAUACAAAGUAAACAAUUGGGUAAUGAUAAAUUAAUUCGCAUAAGUGAGCAAUUAACAUCAAGAUGGCAACAAAUGAAUUCUGAAAUUAAUCAACGAAAACGAUCGAUUACACAAUGUAUGGAAACUCAUCGAUCAUUUGAAACAUUACAUCAACAAGAAGAACGCAUACUUGAUAAUUUACAACAACGUAUUGAAACACUUGAACCAGUAUCAAAUGAUCCUAAUAAACUUCGACAAUCGGGAAAAACUGUUACAGAUCUUUUCAAUGAAAUUCUUUCUCGAGCACAAUCAAUUGAACAUAUGAAUGAUGUUGCUGUGAAAUUUAUUGAAGAAGCAAAGAUGCAUGACAAAAAUUUAAAACGCUUUCGUGUAUCAUUACGCGAUAUACAUCCAAGUCUUGAUGCAUCGGUUUCUAUUGUACGACGACAAUAUCCAACAAAUAUUCAACGUGCUACACGAGCGAUUUUACAUAAAAUUGAAGUAUUUGAUAGACGUUAUGCUGAUCUUUUGGCAACUAUGGAAGAAUAUGCACGAGCAUUUGUAAAGAAUUAUAAUACAACUGGACAGACAAUUAAUCUUCCAUUAGAUUCAGCAUCAACUAUUGUUCAUCUUUAUCGUAGUACAAUCGUAUCUCGAUAUAACAUCACAUUACAAUUUCUUCUUUCAUCAGAUGAUGAUGAUGAUGAUGAUGAUGAUGAUGAUGAACAAUCGCCACAUUCAUCUUCAUCUACGAAACGGAAUCGACAUAAAAAUAAUAAAACAGGUUUUGUUGACUUGACACGUGGAAAGGUUAGUACUGAUCGCCAUUCAUAUCCAUUAUCAUCAUCAUCAUUAGACGGUUCAGUUUCAUUAGAAUCAAGUUAUGUAAUACCAACAACACAAACUGAUACAUUAAAUAAUAAGAAAGUAAGAUUUAUUAUACAAAAACAACCAGGUAUAUCAACAACGAAUGGUAAUAUUUUAAUAACAAAUACAAAAUUGAAUGAUAUGGCACAACGCAAAAAUCUCUCAUUUGUUGAUGCGGUCAAUAGCAAACAUCUUGAUUUGUCAACGGGUCUUUUUUCUUUUCCUUUACCAUUCGUUCUUUCUUCAUCUCCUUUUUCUUCCUCUACAAUAUUAUCGCCCGACCACCAUCACCAUACUUACACUCAUUUCUCCUCGUCUUCAUCAUCGCCGCCACGUACGACUAUUACAACCGACAACAAAAAUUUUCCUACAUCGUCGGUGAAUAAUCAUCCUUCUCAUAUUGGUACAGACUCGAUUAAUACAACAAAGACAAUUACAUUGAAAGAGGCCAUCGACACAAAUAUUCUCGACGCACAUAGCGCAUACGUUGUCGAUACGCUUGAACGACGUAAUUACGAUUUACGUGAAGCUUAUUCUCGUGGUUUAAUAAAUUUUAACGAUCAUCAUAUUAUUGAUCGUGUUAAAAAUCAACGAUUAACAUUAGCUGAUGCACUUAAAAUGGGUAUACUUAAAGUAGGUGAUCCACAAUCAUAUAAUAUAAUAUCAAAAACUGAAUCACUUGUUAUAUCAAGUGUAUUUGAUCAUCGUUUAAAUACAUAUAUUGAUCCAAAUACAGCAAUAAAGAAAAAAAUUCUUGAUCCAUAUCAUGGCUUAUAUUUAAAUAAUAUAACACAAGAAGCUAUAUCAAUUGAUGAUGCUAUGAAUAGAAAUUUAAUUAUUGUUGAACAACAAUCAUCACAUACACAUUCAAAUCAACCAAGUGAUAAAUAUGUUAUAUCAACAUCAUUAAUACGUGAAACACGUUCAUAUCAUUUAUUAGGUGUUCGUGAUUAUAUUAAUAAUAAAGAAUUAUCUGUACAAGAAGCUAUACGUUUAGGUAUAUUAGAUAAACAAAAUGGACAAUAUAUUAAUAGAAAAACAAAUGAAAUAUUUUCAAUAUCUGAAGCUAUUGCACAAGGACAUAUACGUGCACAACCAUUACCUGUUGAAUCAUCAUCAUCAACAACAACAACAAAUACACAAGAAACAAUUGGAACAUCAAAUGUUAAACGUGGAACAGUUAAAGAAACAAAAACUUAUACACUUAAAAGUGCUAUACAUCCACGAACACGUAAAGAAAUACCAAUACGACAAGCUAUUGAUGAAGGAAUUAUUGAUCAUGCUAGAGGUUUUUAUGUGAAUAGUUUAACAGGUGAAAAUCUUCCAAUAAGUAUUGCUAUUGAAAAAGGUUUAAUAUUUACGGAAUUAAUUGAUCAACAUUCAAAACAUUAUAUAAAAUAUUUUAUUAUUGAUCAUAUUAUUGAUCCAAUAACAAAUCGUCGUUUAGGUAUAACAGAAGCUAUACAAACAGGUUUACUUAAUACAAAUGUAACUAUUUAUAAUCAUCCAAUAAAACAACGACAAAUACCUGUUAUGGAAGCAUAUGAACAAGGUUUAAUUAUAGGUAAAUUUAGUGAACAAAGACCAUCAUCAUUUAUAAAUGAUCAACGUCAUCAAACAUCUUAUUUAAUAACGGAUAUAAUUGAUGCUCGUACAGAUAAAAUUUAUAGUCUUCAAGAAGCUAUUGAACACAGAAUAUUUGAUCGUAGAAAAGGUGUUUAUAUACAUCCAAUAACAAAUGAUGAAAUAACUAUUGGUGAUGCUAUUAAACGUGGUCUUAUACAAGUUCAAUCUGUAGUAACACAAAUAACUGAUCAUACACGUUCAAAUUUUUCAAUACAUAUUGAAUCUCAACCACAAGCAAUACGUCCAACAACAGCAUCAUCACAACUUGUACAACGUGAACAAGAUAUUAUCGAAAUUGAAUCUGUACAACGUGUACCACGACGACGACAUCAUCAUAGAACAACAGAAGAAGUUGUUGAACAAACAACAAAUGUUGUUGAUCAAGAAGUUUAUGUUAAUCGAGCACGUUCAAGUGAAAGACCAAAACAACGAUAUAUUGAAGAAGUUAUUAUUGAUGAUAGAAGUAGACCUCAACCACGAACAGUUGAUAUUCAAGAAGAUAGACAAUAUAUUCAUAAAGAAAUUAAUAUUCAAGGUGAACAACCUAGACCACCGCCACCACCGCCAAAAACUGAAGUUUAUUUUAACGAAGAAAUUCGUGAACAUGAGUAUUAUGGUGGUCAACCAUCACGUCCUCAACCUCCAAUUCCUCCACCACGUCCAUAUCCAUCAACAACAACAACACGAAAAGAAUAUGUUGAAAUCGAAACAGAGCGUAUUAAACCAUCACGUCCUGAUGAUUGGCAUGAAGACCAACAACAAUCAUGGAGUGAAGAAGAAUGGGAGCAAUGGCAUUGUAUAAUGAUGAAAAAAGAUAAACCAUAUCGUGUUGUUUGGGUUAUGAAUACAGCUACAGGUGAUCGUUUACCAUUACAAAAUGCAUAUCAACGUGGUUUAGUUGACAUUAAACAACGUUUAUUUUUUGAUGAAAAAUUAAAUCGUCAAUCAUAUUCAUUUGAAAAAGCUGUUGAUUUAGGUUAUAUGGGUAUUGAACCAGAUACAGCAUCAUUACCAAUACGUGUUGAUGGUAUUGAUUAUAUGAUACAUUGGGUAUUAGAUUCAUCAACAAAACGUCGUAUAUUUCCUCGACAAGCUAUAGCUAAAAAUAUUUUAGAUUCAAAAUAUGGUCGUUAUAUUAAUCCAUAUAAUAAUUCACAAGUAUCAUUACAUGAAGCAAUACAUUUAAAAUUUGUUGGUGCAACUGAAUAUGGUCCAAUGAGUGAUUCAUUAAUAGUAACAAUUAAUGGACAACCAUAUAAUAUUAAAUGGGUUUAUGAUACUGUUCAUAUGAAAAAAAUUUUACCACGUGAUGCUUUACGACAAGGCAUAUUAGAUAUACAAUUAAAUGAAUAUCGUAAACUUGAUACAAAUGAUGUGAUGACAAUAUAUGAUGCUAUACAAGCUGGUUAUAUACGUUGUUCAGAUGAUGAAUCAUCAUCUGAUAAUAGUAUUAAACCUCCAUCAAUAAUAUCUGUUGAUGAAGAUGAAUUAACAAUAGCAACAAAAACAGCUACAUACGUCAUUACAUCAGUUAUACAUCCAUUAACACAAAAAGAAAUUAAAGUAUCGGAAGCUAUUGAUUUGGGUAUACUUGAUAAAGAAACAGUACGAAAAAUCAAUAUGGAAAUCAGUAGUUAUCGAGAUUUAGUUACAAAUGUUCAAUAUGAAUUAGCUGAAGCUAUAAAUGAAGGUUUAGUUUAUGCAACAAUAAUUGAAACAAAAGAAGAUACAGAAAUGAUGACAUCAUCAUUACAAGAAAUUGUUAAAAAAUUUAUUGUUAAAAGUGUUGCAGUUGAUAGUGAUUCACAAGAAAAAAUUGGUGGAUUAGAAGCACAAGCUGUUGGUAUACUUAAUUAUGCACAAGGUGUUUAUAAUGAUCGUAAAUAUGGUGUUAAAAUUCCACUUGAUAAAGCUAUUGAAAGAAAAUUACUUGAUGUUGAACUUGUUAGUCAAAAGAAAUUUGAAGAAUAUGAUUUAGAAUUAAUAACUGAUACAAUAACAGAAAAACGUAUAACAUUAUAUAAAAUUCAUGGUGUACAAAAUAAUGUCUUAGGUCGAUUGGAAUCAGGUGCUGUUGCUGUUAGAAAUCAAAUGAUUGAUACAGAAGCUAAAACUUAUACAGAUUUUUCAACAGGUGAAACAAUGUCUAUUCAAGAAGCUGUUAAUAGAAAUUUAAUACAAGCUGAAAUAAGUGAACAUGUCGAACGAAAACCAUUAGGUUUAUCAAUGCAAAAUGCUAUUCGACUUGGUUUUUAUGUACCUGAAACAGGCACAUUCCGUGAUCCAGCUACUGAACAUUAUAUGACAUU